AAACAAAUGAAUAAUAAAUCUAUAGUGAAUUAAAUUCAAAAUGAAUUUAUGCAAAUUGUGAAUAUUUUGAAAUAUAAAUUAAAAAUUCAUACAUAAUUUAACAAAAAAUUUCAUUAAAAAUAACAAUAUAAAAUACAGAUAAAAAUUUAGAAUCAAAAGAAUAAAUUAAUAUUACUCGUAGCAUCGCAUUUAAAAUAAAAUUUUAUGCAUGACUUGUAAACUUUUAAAUUAAAUUCAUAAAUUAGUUUUUAAAUAUUAAAUUUAUGACCGCACUUAAUGCAGUUAUUCAAUAUUAACUAAACACACAAAUACACACUUGCAAAUAAUAUAAUUAAUAUUAGCAUUAAAAAAAAUUGAAAUAAUAAAUUUAAAUUUUAUUUAAAAUAUGAAAUGAAUUAAAACAAACACAAAACUGACUUUUCUCCCUAAUUUCAAAAUAAAAAAAAAACAAAUAUUAAGGAUCAAAAGAAAGGAUACUUUUUCUAAAGAAUUAAGAAAAAAAAAAACAAUUAAAAACAAAACGGAAGAAAAAAAUAACAAAGUUUAAGAAUACAAGAAGAAGAAGAAAACAAAAAAAAAACCGAGAAUUUUAAAAGAUUUUCAGCAAACAAAUAUUUAAUUCCGCAUGGCUAAAGAAAAAUUUGCAAACGAUUCACUUAUUCAAUCUAUUGGUUUGGUAAAAUUUUUGAAAGAUUUUGGAAAUAAAUGGUUAGAUUGUAGUAGUAAAAACAGAUGGAUAACGGUGAUACUCAACACGAAUCCAACAAUAACGCACUUCAACAAAAUUUGCACACAGCAUGUCGCAUGGAAAAUAUUUCAACAACAAUUCAAUCAUUAGAUACAGUCAGAGCUCUACAUCAUACCGUUGUAUCAUUACGUUCAGCACUCGAAGAAGCUAAAUUUGAAAUACAACGAUUAAGAUCACAAAUAUCUACGCAAAGUGAUAUAAAAGAAGGUAUUAAAUAUCAAAAUCAUAAUCAAAUUGAGCAAAAAACUCAACCUCAAAAGGAGGUUCCACAGUUACCGAAUCGAAAAUCUUAUAUACCUAAAAUAGCACAACCAACUAAACAUCUUCGAUUUGAUUUAAAAAAUAACAAUAUAAAAAGAGAUUAUGAUACAAAACCUUCAUUCAUCUGUAAAGAUAAAAAUUUUAAUUUAAGGCAAAGAGUUUUUGAGAAAUUCGAAAAGCCAAAAUUUCAUUUAAAUCUUAAAGAGACUACGGAACACACUAUACAACCAGCAAAUUCAAACACAAAAGUUUCAGAUUUGGCUACCACUGAAACAUACGAUAACACAAGCGAUUUCGUCGAUACUCCAUCAACUGUUUGCAGAAGCCCACAAAAACGAAAUUACACUAUACAGAAAUAUACAACGUCAGCAAGAAGUGAUAGUUCAGGCAAAUCCACUGGUCGGCGUUCCAAAUCCCCUGCAGAUAUAACAAUUAUAACAACACCUAAAUAUCGCUCUAGCGAUACUAAUCAACCAGAUUGCGAUAAAAUGGCUUCAAAAAUUGAUGUUAAAAUUAAAGUUAUGUCCAAUAUCAAAGUGGCAAGCGAUAUAUGUGAAGAGCAAAAUAAUCAACAAGAACAAGAUCAAAACGAUACAGAUCAGGCAGAACCUUCAACUUCUAGAUCAGGAAAAGAAUUCAAUUUUUCAACUGAAGAAAAUCUUACAGUUCGACAAGAUAAGGAUGGUAGCUAUAUAAUAAGUCAAUCUUCAAAGGAAAACCUUAAUUUAGAGGAGGAAGAAGAAGACGUUUCCGAAGGUGACAAUUCAGUUUUUGAAAAAUCUGAAAAACAAGAUAAAUCAACAGAGCCACAAGAACCAAAAGAGGAAUGUGAUGAUAUUGAAUUAAUAUUUUCAUCAGAUGAAAAUCGUGAUCCUAUUCAGGAAGAAAUGAUCUCACUUUCAGAAUAUGAUCCAUGGAAAGCUACCGGAAGUUCUGGUACUCCAGUUUUAGUAAAAUUUUCCUCACUUCCGUCAGAUCAGGAUUCACCGUCCUUACCUUCUUUAGAUGAUGACACAAAUGCAGGCCAAAUGCAAACUUCAUCUACAUUUGAUGAAUUUUCAACAAAAGUUAAUGCAAAUUUAACACAAGAAAAGAGUAUCGAUAGUAUUGAAAGUUUCGAUUUUGCUAAUCCAACAACAAAAUCCAUUAGUUUAGAACGUGAUAACAGUGACGACCAAAGACGUGAUUCACAACGUACAAUAGGACGUGAUGAAAGUUUAGAUUUCUUUGAUAAUAAAGAUGGUAGUAAUGACAGCGAUGGUAUGCAACGUAAUCAUCGUAAAUGGACCAAUUAUAAUAUUUUAGUAGAAACAGAUAUUUCAAAAUGCGGAAUAGCUGAAGAAACUAAUUUUGAAUUAUAUCAAAGAAGAAAUACGUGUCCAAAUCCGCCAGCUUACAGUAGACCGAUGAUAUUACGUGAACCUCCGUUUGUGACACGCCAUAUACCAUCACGUUUAGCUUCAAGAUAUAGUAGACGCUUACAACAGUGUGGAAAUAGUAAUAUAGGGACGGGAAAUACAGAUAAUUGUCAUAUAGCAAAUCGUAUUUUAUCAUCACAAGAUAAUAAAAUUAGUUGUGGACCUAAGCGUAGUAGCUCAGCACAAACAGAAAUUUCCGCAUUACCAGAAUUAUGGAAAUCUGAAUGUCAUUUAGCUGGAAACCGUUAUCAUAUUGGUGGACCUUGUACAUUACCAUCAAAAUUUGUGCCAAUUAUGAGAAAACCAUGUCAAAAACAUCAUUCUGGAAUAUCUGAAAGAAGUUCAACAGAAGCUCGACGUAUACUUUUAAGUGAUAUAAAUUUUACAAGUAUGGUACCAGAAUUGUCGCGUUCAGCUGAUCAUUUAUGCCAAGAUGAAAAUCGGCAAGAUGAACUAAAUAAGCAACAUCAACAUCAGCAGUCAGGUUAUUAUAAGGGUAAUCUUUUGAAGACACCAGAUUACGCAUUAAAAGGAAUAACUCCUAGUGCAAGCAUGACAUCACCAGGUUUAUCACAGUGGACUGUUAAUGAAAACAGCUUCGGAACACAAACCAUACAAACAGGUGAAUCAUGGGGCGGAAAACGUGGAGAUUCAUUAGACUCAUGUCGUAGCUAUUCAAUUGGAUCAAGGACAAGUGGUUUGGAUAAACACCAUCGUUCUCGUAGCGUGCCAUCUGUACGAUGUGCAGUGUGUCGGCAGACAAGGAUUGGUAGCGGCAGUGGUAGCGGUACUGCUCCUGGUGGUAUACGUACAUCUGAAAGUAUGCAUUAUACACCGCGUGUAGCAUUUCAGGAACCAGCAAAUAAAGUUAGAGGCUCAUUACCAGAUUUACGACACGACUGCUUAUGUAAUCGUCGUUAUACUGGCCGAACUAUUAUAACAAUUCAUGGUGAAUCAAGUGGUUCCACUGAAAGUUUAUUAGAAGAAGCUGAUGCAUUUGUUAGAAAAUCACUUGAAAAUAAUAAUAUGAAAGAUGAUACCAUAAUUAAUCCGAAACGACCAAAUUUGAGGAGGAUGUCAGAAAAUGAUAUACAAAAAGAUUAUACUCCGUCAAAACAGUCACUGCCGUUUUUGCCAAAAACAGCAAAAUGUUUAAAACCUGGGCAUUUAGCAAAAGUAAUUACAAAAAAUGGCCGGGUUGUUGUCGGUCGAGUACGUUACGUUGGUCCAUUAGUUAGUACAAAAACUGAACCAAUUGAUGAGAAUAAUGCUUCCAAUAAAAAUACAAUUCCAUCCAGCGAUAAGAAUAUCAUGUCUUCAUCAAUAUCAACUGAUGAUCUUUUUGUUGGAAUACAAUUACAAAGUAAAUGCGGAGACUGUGAUGGGACUUUUGAGGGGCGAAAAAUAUUUGAAUGUGAGCCACUUCAAGGUCUCUUUGUACCUUUCAAAAAAGUUAUAAUGGCAUGGACAUCCUAAGCUCUAUACUAUAUGUAUAAUUUAAAAAAAUUUAAUGUUACUUGUAUUAGAUUAAAAUGAAAUAAUUUUAUUAAGAAAAGUUUUAUGAAUUUCAAAAAGGAGAAAUUUAUAUUUAUAAAAGAAAACAAUUGAAAUUGAAAUAAAUAAUUAAGAAAAUAGUAAUUAAUGUGGAUAGUUUGUGUUGAUUAUUAUAAAUGUUAUAAAAAUAAGAUUAUAUAGAUUCUAUAUUGUUGUACGAAUUUAUUCAAUGUAAUUUCAAAGAGAUGACAAAAAGAACAAAAGAAAUAUGAAAAAGAUCCUAUAGUGUAGAACAUCUUUUUUUGAGUAAUUCAUAUAAGUAUCUAAAUUCCAUAUUGCAUGAAUAAUAAUUGGUUUUAUAGACCUUUAAAAUAACAUCAUUUACUAUAAUAUUUAUUAUAAUUUUUGUAUAUUAUAGUUAAUAACAUUUUGCUUAUAUUGUAAUUUGUGUAAACUACAUUUUUUACAUUUAAUUAAUUAUAAAUAAUUUGUCAUUGAAAAAAUAUUUCAAUAACCAUAAUUUCUGUGAUUUUUUCCAUUAAUUUUUAUUUCUUGUUUGUACAAAUAAAUAAAAUGAGACAAAUUUUUUCGAGUUCAUGCUUUUGAUUCAAAUAUCUAUCUGCAAUUAAUUUAACGCAAUAGAUUUACUAAAGAAAAAAUUGAAUCAAACAGAUUUUUAUGGUGUCCGUGUAACAGACAAUAUAGUGUAAUGGAAAUAGGUUUUCACAUAGAUAAAAAAUGGUAAUUGAAUAUAUAUGUAUUUCAUUGCUCUAAUAGUAUCUACAUAAUAGGCAUAUG